GUUGGAUCGGAAUCGAUCAUCAUGGAACUGCAAAUCAAGCGAAACCAUAAUUAACAGCCCGAAUACAGCAGUAACAGCGUUUCAUUCGCUUACGGCUUCAGCUACUACCUUCCAGUGCGAAGAUAUAAACGAUUAGAGGGAAAGAAAACUCCGGCUUCAGCAACUGAACCGCCAUGUCCUCCUCCGAUCCUGAUAAGUUGAUCGCCAAGGCCGAUAAGCUAACAAAACUGAGUCUCACAAGGUGGAGUGCUGAUUGGAAAAGUGCCACUCUUUUGUAUGAGCAAGCUGCUAAUGGUUUUAGGAUUGCCAAGAAAUAUGAGAAAGGAAAAGCAGCAUUUGAAAUGGCUUCCAAAGGACAAGAGAUACUCUCUUCCCCCUGGGAUGCUGCUAAGCAUAUGGAGUCAGCUGCUGCUCUAGCAAAGGAACUAGGCAAGUGGAAUGAAGUUGCUGAUCUUUAUAGAAGGGCAUCUGAACUAUACGUUGAAUGUGGGAGAUCACAACCUGCAUCAGAUGCUCUUGCUAAGGCUGCCCGUGCUCUGGAAGAUGCUGUUCCUGAUGUUGCUGUUCAACUUUAUAAUGAUGCUUGUGAUAUUCUUGAAGAGGAUGGCAAGGAGCAAAUGACCUUUGAUCUAUAUCGCGCUGCUGCUGGUGUUUAUAUAAAGCUUGAGAAGUAUACAGAUGCUGCUGCGGUCUUAUUGAGAUUGGGUCUAGCAGCUGAUAAAUGCAGUGCCACCAAUAGCCAGUGCAAAGCAUACCUUGGGGCCAUUAUUGUGUAUCUUUAUGCUCAUGAUUUCAAGCAAGCAGAGAAGUGUUGCAAUGAUUGUUCACAGAUUGAUGCUUUUUUGAGAAGUGACCAGAACCGCUGUGCUAGUAAACUUCUUUCUGCUUAUACUGAAGGUGACAUUGAAGAAAUUAAACGGCUUGCCCAGUCUAGCACUAUUUCCCAUCUUGACAAUGUGGUUAUCAGGCUUGCAAGAAAACUUCCAACCGGAGAUCUGAGUGCAUUUAAGACUGCUGCUGCUGAAGGAGAAGAGCCAUUGGAUGAGAAUGAUCUCACAUAGUUUUCACACUCACGAGAGGAUUGGGAACAGUUGUUAUAUAAAUGGGUGGAUUUAUGUGUCAUAAAGCAUGUAUAGAGCAUAUUUUAAUCUCAUUUAAUUUGAUUUUCAGAGUGUUCCUUCUCUGCAUUUUGUGCUUUUAAAGGUCUCAAUCAAAAUCUAUUAUUUAUUUUAUUGUAUGCAAUUAGUAAUGUUUCUCAAA